AUAGAGAUAAUAUUGUUUUAUCUGAUAAAAAUACUAUAGAAAUUAAAGGUGUUUUAUCAUUUCAAACUUUUGACAAUUCAAUACUUGCAUCUCAACCUUUGCUACCAAAUGAAUUUUUAUUAAUCAUACCUUCAAUAAAUCUUGAAAUUAGAAAAAAGGAGUCUAAAGAGUUAGCUAUAAUAGUUAAAAUUUGUAAAGAAGAAAAAUAUUAUAGAGAAGUAGUAAUAGAGUUAGAUACUAGCUCAGAUAUUACUUGGAUUACCUCUGCAUUAUUUAAUUUUUUAAAACCUAAAAAAAUCAUAUCUGAUGAAAUAAUUUAUAGACAUAGUGAAUAUGAAAUUUCUGUUGUUUGCAAAACAAAAAAUAAUUAG